CGCAUCAUGCGAUAUGGAUACCAGUCGCAGUGGUUUGGGAAAGAGCCGAUGCAGCAGAGUGUAACAACAGUGGCUGAUCGGUUGCUGCGAGCCUUGCGGCGGAAAAGAGAGGGGUUUCCGUUCCGCCCCCUGCUCUUUAUAGCGCACUGCUUUGGCGGGCCGGUUGUGCUAAAGGCAUUACUGGAAGCCGAACAAGACGAGAACGAAUGGCCUGGAAUAUUCGUAUCAACCACCGGCUUAAUCUUCUUUGGCACGCCUUUUCGAGGGGCGGGUGGAAUGAAGCAAAUGGAGAUGCUUGAGGCGGCGCGGAGGGAAUACUAGGAGGAUGAGGCGCAGCCUCAGGCUAUGGACAUACUGCAGCCAGGGAACAUGCACCUUCAGGAUGUAGUUGACGGCUUCUUAAAGAAGAGGAAGAGGCAGGCGAACAAGACCCAGGUUGUAUGCUUCUAUGAGCUUAAUGCAAGCA